UGUUUCAUCCAAAUAUUCUAUUUGUGAUAAAUACUUUUAAUCUGAAAAUAUGCUGCAGUUGUUUCCUGUAUAUUGGUCGAAUUUGCCCCUGGUUUUAACGAAGGUGGUGCUUAUAUUGACUUACUCACUUCUAAGUAGUUUAAUCAACUGCAAUGAUCGAAAUACAUUGUAAUCAAAAUGCAAGUGGUACACACAAUAUAUCUUUCUAGCUUUUGACAUUGAAAGAAUUGAGUUAUGUGUGGAAGUGAUGCCUGUGAGAAAAAAAUGGGUAUUUAUUUUUUGUAAAUAUUACCGCGGAACUCAAAGGUUCGUCUGACGUUUCCACAGAAGAGUUAGUUUGUGCAACGCUAGUGUGUUUCUAAUUACAAUUAAACUACUAGUUUCAUCACUAGCGACACAACUAGGCCUAAAUUAAGACCCGAAGUGAUGGAGUGGCAGUUACAAAAGUUGUUUUUUCAGUCUUGAAGAAGACGUUUUCUACGAUCUACACAAAGUGUGUGAUGUUGUCGUCAUGACGAUGAGUGCGGAACAGGAGGCUUUAAUUAGCCAGAUGUUUCAAGCUUAUGUUGUGGAAUAUCAUCAUGAUGACAUCGUCCAGGUCUUUGCAGGCGACAGUGAAGAUCUUCAUCAGCCUCUCGUUAUCAAUGCUAUGACACUCUUUGAAGCCAAUAUGGAGAUUGGUGACUAUUUCAAUGCCUAUCCAAAUGACGUCCUGACAAUAUUUGAUAAAGUGUUGCACAAGACAGCGCUUGAGUUGUCAAACAAAGACUCGAGCCAUCAGUCUGGAGAACGACCACAUGGAGAGGCCGGAAUCAAACACACUCUCCAUGCUCGUAUCACAGGUCUACCAGUGUGUCCAGAGCUGACCAGAGACACAAUUCCCCGAUCCAGGGAUGUGGGCCACUUCUUAUCAGUCACUGGGACUGUGAUACGCACCAGUGUUGCCAAGGUGCUGGAGUACAAGCGUGAUUACAUGUGCGCCAAGUGCCGCCAUGUUUUUGAGCUGCAGGCAGACUUUAACCAGUUCUAUUCCUUUUUGCCGCCACUGAGCUGCCCUCAUCCGGAUGGCUGUAACUCCUGUAAAUUCACUUGUCUGUCUGGAGACACCGAGCCGGCCUCCUGCAAGGAUUACCAGGAGAUCAAGAUACAAGAGCAAGUACAGAGGUUGUCAGUGGGCUGUAUUCCUCGGUCUAUGGUCGUGGUUCUGGAGGAUGACCUGGUGGACAUGUGUAAAUCUGGAGAUGAUGUUACUGUUUAUGGAGUCAUGUGCCAGCGCUGGAAACCCUUUUUUGACGGCUCUCGAUGUGACGUGGAGCUGGUUCUCAAAGCCAACAACGUGGAAGUCAACAACCAGCGGGGUGGCGCUGAUCUGCUCAUGGAGGAUGUUCAAAAGGAAUUUGAAGAAUUCUGGGAAUUCCACAGAAAUGAUCCCAUGACUGGCAGGAACCAGAUCCUGUUGAGCCUAUGCCCUCAAGUCUUUGGCAUGUACAUGAUUAAACUGGCGGUUGCCAUGGUGCUAGCUGGUGGGGUGCAGAGGAUAGAUUCUUCUGGAACCAAGAUCAGAGGUGAAUGCCAUAUGUUGCUUGUUGGAGACCCCGGCACCGGGAAGUCUCAGUUCUUAAAGUAUGCAGCUAAGAUUAUGCCUCGCUCUGUGCUCACUGCUGGAAUUGGCUCCACAAGUGCAGGACUGACGGUUGCGGCAGUAAAGGAUGGAGGUGAUUGGCAUCUUGAGGCAGGAGCCCUGGUCCUCUCAGAUGGAGGAUUGUGCUGCAUUGAUGAAUUCAACAGCAUCAAAGAACACGACCGCAUCAGCAUCCAUGAGGCCAUGGAGCAACAGUCCAUUAGCGUGGCCAAGGCCGGCAUGGUGUGUAAGCUGAACACUCGCACCACUAUUCUGGCAGCUACCAACCCCAAGGGCCAGUAUGAUCCCAAUCAAGCACUCUCCGUCAACGUCGCACUAGCCAGCCCUCUGCUGAGUCGCUUUGACCUGGUUCUGGUUCUGCUGGACACCAGGAACGCAGAGUGGGACCGCAUCAUCUCCUCUUUUGUCCUGGAGAACAGAGGACUGCCCUCUGAGAGCGCCACCCUGUGGUCCAUGGAGAAAAUGAAGGCUUAUUUUUGUGUGAUAAAACGCUUGCAGCCGCAGGUUACUGAGGAGGCCAAGUGCAUCUUAUCAAGGUACUACCAGCUGCAGAGGCAGAGUGAAGGCCGCAACGCUGCACGCACCACCAUCCGCAUGCUGGAGAGUAUGAGCAGACUGGCUGAAGCUCAUGCCAGGCUCAUGUUUCGAGAGACUGUGACGAUAGAGGACGCUGUCACGGCCGUCUCUGUCAUGGAGUCUUCCAUGCAGAGUGGGGGUCUGCUCGGAAGUGUAAACGCAGUACUCACCUCGUUCCCCGAUGACCCUGGCCGACAGUACCAGACCCAGUGUCAGGUACUACUCGAAGCAAUGAACCUCCCACUUCUCCUUCAGAAGGAGAUGGAGCGAUUAAGCAGGCUGAGGAGCAACAUCACGGCGGCUUCCAGCUCCACGAAUCCUGAUCAGCAGCAACUCGGACACACAAGCUCAAUCAGCAGAUCACAAGUUGACAUGGCGAAGGACAGGAAGGCUGCCACUGAGCUGGAGACGGGCUUGGAUUGGUUUCAUUCCAUUACACCUUCUCUAUCUGCACAUCCGAUGUUCUCAUCGACUCAAAUGGACUCAGAUCCCAAACUUAACUCCAGUUUGUUAAGUCAUGUCAGCUCAUCAGCCAACCAAAGCCUUCUUUUGAAUACAUCUGCUUUUGAAGAACAAGGACCGAUUGGAGAAAAAAGCCACAAAGCUCGAGAGUGUCGAGAAGAAUCCGACAGAAAACACAGCAAGCCUUCAGGCAGUGUGAUUCAGAAAGUGGGUAAAAACCUCAGAGAUCGACGAGUCAAGGAGCUGCAGUGUCAACACCAGCAAGAUGGAGAAAGUAGUCCAAGUCGAGGUGGAACGUCUGACACAUUCUUGAAUGAAAGGAAACCUGAGGACGGCACUUGUGUUCCAUUACAGGAGGACGCCAGAGGCUGUCACACGGCACCUAAAAAACUUAGCACUGUGUUAGGAGAAAAGAUGGCCGCUUCUCUCAGAACUGAACCGGAUAUUUGUGCAAAGUUUUCAGGCUUCACAUUCAAACCAAGGAAGAUGAGAGCGUUCAUCCACAAUGAUGGUCUUAGCAUGCAUGCGGAAGUCCAACAGGAAGGCCAGCCAGAGGCAGGCAGACAACGACAAAAGAAGGAUGCAAGUGGAGCCGAUGUCAGGAUCCAUGACGAUAAAGAAAGGAGUCAAACGCAGCAAAAGCAAGAUGGAGGCCAGGCAAGCUCUGUCAGCCAUGAAGCAGCUCUCUGUUUACUGGAUCAGGAAACACAAGAUGAAGGCAAUGGCGGAAUAAAGCCAGCAGAGGACACGGGACUUGUGUGUCCAGAUGCUGAUGGGACUAAAGAUUCUGUAAGGGCACCUGCUCGGAAACCAGUUAACCCGUCAACCCUUGCUAAACUCUCCAGAUUCUCUUUCACUGCUGCAGGCAAAACCCCAUCAGACCUGGAAAGGAAUCCUCAAACAAGUCCACCUAAAAGAGACUAUGUCCAGUCUUCGAGGACUACCCAAGGCCAAUGCAAUCCCUUGAGAAAGAGAAUGAGCACUACAGUGGUCUCACCUGUCCUGGAUCAUGGACUAAGAAUGACUGACAGACCAACGCCCAAUUGUAGUAGAGAUCCUUCAGAACCUCUUCAUGAUGCAGUUCCUGGUGGGGAAAUGGUGAAAGAACCCCCGAUGAAGAAGAGAAAGUGUUUUCAACUGGGCUCGCCGAGCGGCUUGUGUUCUUCUACAGAUGAUUCUCUCUUUGGCUCAGUCGAGUACUCUGAUGAUGUUCUUGACACAGACUGGGACAAAGAGAUAGCCAAGACACCCAAAGUCUGACACAACUCUGGUCCAGAAAAUAAACUUUUUCAAUCCA